GAACUUAUUUUGGUUUGUGAACCUGUGCAGCUCAGCAUGUGUCUUUGACUGACUUGAUGAAUUGUCGAAUGAGUCAUUGCUCGGGAAAAUCUAGGAGAAAGCAAAAUAACACAUUAACAUAACAGUUAGGCUAGCACAGCUACUAGUUUAGCGGAGAACCUGCCCCAAGCUAACUUCGCUUCAGCAUGCCAUGGCAACGUGACGACCCUCGCGCCCCUGUGUCAGUUUGGACUCCUCUAGGAGACAUCUCGGAGGUUGAAGUUGGCUUCAUACAGACAUGAUGACUUGAAGGAGAUGCUGGACAGCAACAAAGACUCCCUGAAGCUGGAGGCAAUGAAGCGGAUUGUGGCUAUGAUCGCCCGAGGUAAAAAUGCAUCAGAUCUCUUCCCUGCUGUGGUGAAGAACGUGGCCUGUAAAAACAUUGAGGUGAAGAAGCUGGUGUAUGUAUACUUGGUGCGUUAUGCCGAGGAGCAGCAAGAUCUCGCUCUGCUCUCCAUAUCCACGUUUCAGCGAGGGUUGAAGGAUCCGAACCAGCUGAUCCGAGCCAGCGCUCUGCGAGUCCUCUCCAGCAUCCGAGUCACGAUCAUUGUACCCAUAAUGAUGUUGGCCAUCAAAGAAGCUGCUUCUGAUAUGUCUCCAUACGUCAGGAAGACAGCUGCUCACGCAAUUCCUAAACUCUACAGUUUGGAUCCAGAACAGAAGGACCAGCUGAUUGAAGUCAUAGAGAAACUCCUCGCUGAUAAAACCACGCUGGUGGCAGGAAGCGUUGUCAUGGCUUUUGAGGAGGUGUGUCCGGAGCGCAUUGACCUGAUCCACAAAAACUACAGGAAGUUGUGUAACCUUCUGAUUGACGUGGAGGAGUGGGGGCAGGUCGUCAUCAUCAACAUGCUGACCCGCUACGCCAGGACCCAGUUCCUUAACCCAAACAUCAAUGAGUCCCUUCUGGAGGAGGGAGGUGGUGGGGACAAGACCUUCUAUGGCUCAGAAGAAGAUGACGACGAGGACGAGGAGGAGAAAGAAAAGAAGUCAGAGGCUCCAGCCAUGGCCAAGAGGAAGCCGUAUGUGAUGGAUCCAGACCACCGGCUGCUGUUGAGGAACACAAAGCCGCUCCUGCAGAGCCGCAACGCAGCUGUGGUGAUGGCUGUGGCUCAGCUGUAUUUCCAUCUUGCCCCUAAAGCGGAGAUUGGGGUGAUUGCCAAGGCCCUAGUCCGUCUUCUGAGGAGCCAUAGUGAAGUCCAGUAUGUUGUUCUUCAGAACGUGGCAACGAUGUCAAUUAAGAGAAGGGGCAUGUUUGAACCAUACCUGAAGAGUUUCUACAUCCGCUCUACAGACCCAACCCAGAUAAAAGUCCUUAAGCUGGAGGUUCUCACCAACCUGGCCAACGAGACGAACAUUUCCACCAUUCUCAGAGAAUUUCAGACAUACAUUAAAAGCAUGGACAAAGACUUUGUGGCUGCCACAAUCCAAGCCAUUGGCCGCUGUGCUACCAACAUUGGCGAGGUCAGGGAUACGUGUCUGAAUGGCCUCGUGCAGCUGCUGUCCAACCGAGAUGAGCUGGUUGUAGCCGAGUCAGUGGUGGUUAUUAAGAAGCUGCUGCAGAUGCAACCGGAGAAGCACAGCGACAUCAUAAAGCACAUGGCAAAACUAACAGACAACAUCCAGGUGCCGAUGGCGCGGGCCAGUAUCCUGUGGCUGAUUGGAGAGUACUGUGAGCACGUACCUAAGAUUGCCCCGGAUGUGCUGAGGAAGAUGGCUAAGUCGUUCACUAACGAAGAGGACAUUGUCAAACUUCAGAUAAUCAAUUUGGCCGCAAAGCUCUAUCUCACCAACUCCAAACAGACCAAACUAUUGACGCAGUAUGUUCUCAACUUGGCCAAGUAUGACCAGAACUACGACAUCCGUGAUCGGGCGCGCUUCAUUCGCCAGCUCAUCGUGCCCACCGAGAAGAGUGGAGCUCUCAGCAAGUACGCUAAGAAACUGUUCCUCGCCCUCAAACCUGCACCGGUUCUCGAGUCUCCAUUUAAAGAUCGAGACCACUUCCAGUUGGGUUCAUUGUCCCACUUACUGAAUGCCAAGGCUGGUGGCUACCAGGAGUUGCCUGACUGGCCCGAAGCCGCCCCAGACGCCUCCGUGCGCAACGUGGAGGUGAAGGAUUCUGUGCCUGAAUGGACCAAAUGCAGCAGCCGAGAGAAGAGGAAGGAGAAGAAAGUAGAGAAGCCGUUCUACUCUGACUCUGAGGGCGAGUCUGGGCCGACGGAGUCAGCUGACAGUGAGUCGGACUCUGUCAGCGGCUCGGAAAGUCGCAGUGGCAGCGAGGAGAGUGGGUCGGGAUCAGAGAGUGAAGAGAGUGAGGAAGGCUCUGAGACUGAGGAAGAGGAGGAGGAGGAUGAAGAUGAAAAAGACAAGAAGAAGAAAAAGAAAGAGUUAAAGAAGCCAGUGCAAGAAAGUGAAAGCGAGCAGAGCAGUGAAGAAGAAGAGAGGAAGCACGUGAGGAAGAGUAAACAACGUAAGAGUGACUCAGAGUCUGAAUCUGACGAGGAGGAGAGCGAAUCUGAAAGCAGCCAAUCAGAGUCUGAAGACUCUGAGUCGGAGGCAGAAGUCAAAAAGAAGAAAAAGGCAGCUGUAUCUAAGCCUCCUUCUAAGCCUGUCAAGAAAGAGAGCAAGAAAGAGAAGAAAGAAAUGUCUCUGCUCGACCUCGAUGACUUUGAACCUGCUCCCUCUCCUCAAGCCACACCCGUCAACUCCUUCCUGUCCAACAGUCUAGCGACUGACCUGGAGGGAUUGUCUUUGUCUGACGCUGUUCUCUCUCCGGCAACUAUCGCUCCCUCCAGUGCCCUGAAGAACUAUGAGCUGCUGCACCGGAUCACAGGGGAGGGUCUGUCGGUGGGGUACUGCUUCAGCCGACAGCCAUUCAGCCCAGACGCCAACAUGGUGGCGGUGCAGAUGCAGUUCACCAACAACGCCACCUCCGACACCAAGAACCUGCACAUGGAGGAUGUGAAGCUCCAGUCUGGGAUGAGGGUCAAAGAGUUUCCUGAGAUUGAACUCCUGCCGGCAGGUGACACGGCCACCGCAGUGAUGGGCAUCGAUUUCUGUGACUCAACACAAACCGCCAACUUCCAGCUGUGCACUCACACCAGGAAGUUCUUCGUGUCAAUUCAGCCACCGGUUGGGGAGCUGAUGAGGCCCGUCUUCCUGACAGAGAAUGAGUUUAAAAAGGAGCAAGGUCAGCUGAUGGGUAUGAACGAGAUCACGGAGAAGCUAACUCUGGACGUAAAGUGUCGGAACGAACACGCCAUUGUCCAGAGGGUGACCACUGCCGCCAACCUCAGCAGAGUCCCCUGUGGUUCAGAUAAAGAGUGCAGUCCUCCUGUUCCUCCUCCUCCUCAUCCUGUCCACAGGUUCGCAGGCAGGACAGUGACCAGCAGCAGCUUGGUGCUGGUCACAGUGGCGACCAAAGAGGAAGGAGCCGCCCAGCUGACGGUCAACUGUGAGAAAAUGGUGAUCGGCACCAUGCUGGUGAAGGACAUCCUCCUAGCUUUGACACAGUGACGCCUGCCUGCGCUCGACCUUAUGCCCCCUCACUCCAACGCGCCUCUCACAUAUCGUCCGAGACUCAUCACACGUGUAGCAUCUCCUCCGUUCUCCUGUAAGCAGUGAGGAAGUUUCCAGAAUGUUUUAUUCCAGUUUGUUGUUUUGUUCAAGAGCCCUCUACUUUUAGAAAUUAUUCCUAUAUUCCGUGAAUGCCACAGCUGUACUGUGCGUGAUAUUUUUGACAAUCAGACAUGACUGAUGGUCGGACAUGAUAUUAAAUCCCUUUCCCCCUUUCUAAAGUUUCUUAUAUGCCAUUGUUCAAAAACACUUAUUUUGCAACAGAUUUUCCUUCCUUGAGGAGCAAGGAAUUUCAUUGACUCCAAUUUCUUUAGUUGACAAAAAAAAAUGUUUUAAGAGUUAAAAACCUUAAAUUUUGUUUUCACAAGGUCCACUUAAUGUUUUUGCAGCUUUCAAACACAUCUUGUGGCCUUUCUCAGCAGCUGGAGUUCACUCGCUUGUCAUGGACUGAGACUGAAAUGAAGCACCUUUCGUCAUAAGACAUAAAAAGGUAUUAAUACAAGAUAAUAAAGAAUCAUGAGACAAUAUAAAAAGACACAUAAAUAGGAUUUAAACAGCAUAAAAUGAUAUAGAAGAUAAAAAUAAGCCACAGUGUGCUACAAUGUGAUCUAUGAUACAUAUGAAAAGUCCUAAAUUUUUAUGUUAUUUUAAGUUUUAUACCUUGAAGUCAAAGAACUGAGAGUUGGAAUGAACCUCAAGUUUAUUCCAGAUAAUGUGGUGCAUAAAAACUGUAAAGACUUUUUAGCUUUGACUCUGGGAACAGUAAGAAGAUCUGAUAAGUCUGAACGGUUGUCAUGACAUGACCAUACAUACAUACUCCACCUGCUGAGGAAGGCCAUGAGAUGCAGUUUCGAAAUCACAGUUAGUGAAAUGUUGAAAAUGUUUCUGUCUAAACAAAAGGAGGUCUUUCUAUCCCCAUAAUCUGAGAAAAUAAAAUAUCCACUUUUACCCAUAAAAUGCAGUUUUGUUAAAAUUAUUUAGAAAUAAGGUGCGUAAUUGUGAGUAAUUGUUAUUCUUUGACAAGUGGAUGCACAAAUCUGUCACACCAAUUAAAAUUCUUAGCUUGCUAUAUUAGCUAUCAGACUGUUUUAAGAUGUAGAUAAUAUAAGUAAUAGAUUAUAUACUGAAGGCAUAAACUCCUCCAAAAAGCACGUCACCACAAAAAACACAAACUGUAAUGUGUAAUCAAUUCUCAUCCAGUUAUUUGACAUUUGUUUUUACUUGAAUGUAGCAUGAAGGCUCGACUGAGACAACAACUACCUAUAACUCAUUCCAUUUUGGCACAAUAAAAGUUGUUAAUCAAUAACUCAACACUCCUGGGAAUAAAGAAAUAUAAGAUCAUAAAACUCAAAUUCUGCGGUUUUAGCAUUUGCCUAGCUGUCAUGUUUGGAUGUAUAAAUGUUAUUGUAUGUAUUGCAACAUGUAAUACAGUACUACUAUAAGUAAA